AGCAACAGCAACAGCAGCAACAAUAGCAAAAGUGUUUGGCCAUCGCCUUCCCAAUCACGUCCCAUCUGCGAUGAUUUUGCAGAGCAGCCACGUCAACUGCUGGAACAUUCGACGGGUUAUCACAGCAGCAGCAGCAGCAGCCACAACAGUCCGCAGCGCCAGCAGCUGCGUCGCACCCAAGACAUGGCUGAGCAAAGCUGCACCAGCGACUGCAGCUUGCAACAAGCUGUGGGCAAUUUGGAGUGGGAAAUGUUUAUGCUGCAACAUGCGCAGAGUUUCAUGCCCAAGACCAGUUCGCCCAUUGGCCAGCGACGCCGCGACUGGCAGGCGGAUCUCAACUCACGCUCCUACCACAAGUGGCGCCACUAUCUGCAGAGCACGCCCGCCCACAUGCUGCACAACGUCAGCCGCAUACCCGAGGCCAUUGCCGGCCAGUUCUGCCCGCGCGACUUUCCCGCCUUUAGUGAUCUAGAGGAAAUGGAGAGCGCCGCCAAGCGCUACAAGGUCGAUCCGCAGCUCACACAGUUGAUCAGCACGGAUCUCUAG